AUGACUGCUUCAGUUCCACUGCUCACAUCUCCAGUGUCACCUCCAGCUCCCAGGCUCACGUCUCCGGUUCCCCGGCCUGCUCAGCCUGCGAAGGUCCUGUCUGCUCAGCCUGCAGAGGUCCUGUCUGCUCAGUCUCCAGAGACCCUGCCUGUUCCACCUCCGGAGGCCCAGCCUACAGAGGACCAGCCUCCAACGCCUGCUCUAGAGUCUGCUCCGCAGCCUCCGAUGCCUGCAACCCCGUACUGCUCCUCUCUUCUGGUUCCUGUUCCUGAGGAGGUCCCUGGUCCGGACGCUCCUCUCCCUCUUCUGGUCCCCGGUCCUCCGCCAGAAGUAAUGGAUUCUGUUUGUCUUCCAGAGCUCCAGCUCCAGUCAGCGCGCAGCCCUAAGCCGCAGCUCCAGUCAGCGCGCAGUCCUGGGUUCCAACUCCAGUCAGCGCGCAGCCCUGAGCCGCAGCUCCAGUCAGCGUGCAGCCCUGAGCCGCAGCUCCAGUCAGCGUGCAGCCCUGAGCCGCAGCUCCAGUCAGCGUGCAGCCCUGAGCCGCAGCUCCAGUCAGCGCGCCUUCCAGAGACCCAGCUCCUGUCAGCGCGCCUUCCAGAGACCCAGCUCCUGUCAGCGCGCCUUCCAGAGACCCUGCCUGCCCGUCCGUCGCCAGAGAUCCUGCCUGCCCGUCCGUCGCCAGAGAUCCUGCCUGCCCGUCCGUCGCCAGAGAUCCUGCCUGCCCGUCCGUCGCCAGAGAUCCUGCCUGUCCGUCCGUCGCCAGAGAUCCUGCCUGCCCGCCCGUCGCCAGAGAUCCUGCUCCGGUCUGCCCGUCCGCCUGGCCGUCCGCCAGAGGUCCUGCUCCGGUCUGCCCGUCCGCCUGGCCGUCCGCCAGAGGUCCUGCUCCGGUCUGCCCGUCCGCCUGGCCGUCCGCCAGAGGUCCUGCUCCGGUCUGCCCGUCCGCCUGGCCGUCCGCCAGAGGUCCUGCUCCGGUCUGCCCGUCCGCCUGGCCGUCCGCCAGAGGUCCUGCUCCGGUCUGCCCGUCCGCCUGGCCGUCCGCCAGAGGUCCUGCUCCGGUCUGCCCGUCCGCCUGGCCGUCCGCCAGAGGUCCUGCUCCAGUCUGCACCGCCGUCUGGCCGUCCGCCAGAGAUCCGGCUCCUGUCGGCGCAGCCUGCUCUGCCGUGGGAGGCCCUGCCUGCUCGGCCACGGGGGAUCCGACUGGCUCAUCGGCCGGGUUCCUCCUGUCUGCUGGUGCCCUCCUCCGGACCCCCGCCUCCCGCCCGGUUCGCUCUUGAUUAG